AGCGGAGCGGUGACAGCGUUGGCUUCCGUUCCUGAGCGGAAACGGCGCGGAGAGCGGUAGCUAUGGCGAACUUGGUGCGGGACCCGGCCAUAGACCGUUCCCUGCGCUCCGUGUUCGUUGGAAAUAUUCCCUAUGAAGCUACAGAAGAACAGUUGAAGGAUAUUUUCUCUGAAGUUGGUCCAGUGUUGAGUUUCAGGCUUGUAUAUGACAGAGAAACUGGUAAACCCAAAGGUUAUGGCUUCUGUGAGUACCAAGAUCAGGAGACUGCACUCAGUGCCAUGCGUAAUCUCAAUGGGAGGGAAUUUAAUGGAAGAGCACUGCGAGUGGACAAUGCUGCUAGUGAGAAGAAUAAAGAAGAGCUCAAGAAUUUGGGCACAGCAGGACCUGUCAUGGAAUCUCCUUAUGGAGAUCCAGUCUCGCCUGAAGAUGCUCCAGAAUCCAUCAGUCGUGCUGUGGCCAGUCUUCCACCUGAGCAAAUGUUUGAACUCAUGAAGCAAAUGAAGCUCUGCAUUCAGAACAGUCCUCAGGAGGCUCGUAACAUGCUUUUACAGAACCCACAACUGGCAUAUGCACUCCUACAGGCACAGGUUGUCAUGAGAAUUGUGGAUCCUGAAAUUGCAAUGAAAAUGUUACAUCGUCCAGCCAAUGUUACACCACUUAUUUCUUCUGGCCAACCUGUGGCGGGGCCAAAUGCUCCAGCAGCUCAGGCUGCUCCUCCAGUCUCCCAACCACAGCCAAUGAGUGGAAUGCAUGUGAAUGGGGCACCUACUAUGAUGCAGCCACCAAUGCAAACGGCAGUGUCUGUUCCUGGACCUGGACCAGUACAAGGACCGGCUGGGCCAGGGCCUGGACCUGGACCAGGACCAGUUGGGCCUGGAGGAAACAUGCAGCCUCAGAUGGGUCUUGCUCCUUCAGGACCGGUGCCAAUGGACAGAGGACAAGGAAAUAUGCACUCACCUGUGGCCUCCGCAGGGACUGCACAGAUCGAGAGAGGACAAGUCCCAAUGCAGGACCCCAGAGCCAACAUGCAGCGGGGUCCCCCAGUAGGUGGGGCUCCUGCUCCAAGAGGAUUGCUAGGAGAUGCACCAAAUGACCCACGUGGAGGGACUUUGCUUUCAGUCACUGGGGAGGUGGAACCUAGGGGGUAUAUUGGGCAACCACACCAGGGACCACCCAUACACCACGUGCCAGGCCAUGAUGGCAGAGGACCACCUGACCUUAGAAAUGCACAUGAACCACGAGGCAUGCAACAUGACAUGAGACCAGGGCCAAUGGGAGAACAGAGGGGACCUAUUGGUGAACAAAGGGGCCCGAUGGGUGAGCCACGUGGGCCACUUGUUGAACCAAGGGGGCCUAUGGGAGAUCCAAGAGGGAUGAUGGGAGAUCCAAGGGGCCCAAUGAUGGAUCAGCGUGGACCUCCUCAUGAAUCCAGAGGUGCGAGAGAUCCCAGAGGAAUUGAUUCAAGAGGUAUUGACACCAGAGGCCCAGGUCCAGGGCCAGGGCCAGGACCAAGCCAAGGCCCAGUCUCAAAUCCAAGAGGACCAAUGGCAGCAGGACUACAAGUUCAAGGCCCAGGUACACAUCAGAUAGGGCAGAGUGGGCCUCAGGGAACACAGCAACCUGUUCCAUCUCGACAGGGCCCUGCUCACCCUGUGGCUGGAGGUCAGCCUGGAGGAUUCAGUCCUGCUCAGACUCAAGUGACACCACAAGACCAUGAAAAGGCUGCAUUGAUCAUGCAGGUUCUCCAGUUAACUCCAGAGCAAAUUGCCAUGCUACCCCCAGAACAGAGACAGAGCAUCCUUAUCCUAAAAGAACAAAUUCAGAAAUCUGCAGGAGCUCCUUGAGAAUGGAUAUUUUGUGGACCGCCAGCUUCUUGAGGAAGUUUAUUUCUCUGGUUACCUUAUGACAGUGGCAGUGCAAGACAUGGAGGUUCCUAGUUGUCAUUUGCUUCUAGGUUCCUAGUUGCCAUUUGCUUCUAGGUUCCUAGUUGCCAAUGAAGGAGAAAGAACCCAAAACAUACUUCAUGAUAUGGAUACACUUAUUCUCUGAGUGUGUUUUCUUUACGCCUUCGUUUAAAAAUUCGUCGUAAAGUUUUGAUGUAUUGACUGAAUGCGAAAAGAGGAAGAAACUUGAAAAGCUAAUAGAGCUGUUUUUGUGGGUAUUUUAGGGGUUUAAAGAAAUUUCAAUUAAAAAAUGUCCAUACUGACCACUUCGGUAUGAUAGAUGUGGCAUUUAUACCUGGUUUAAAAAAAAUUUCACACCAUCUAUUUGAAAAACAGCACGUACAAAUUUUUCUUUGUGUUUUCUGAUGAUCUUAAAUCCCCUCCAUCUUUACCCAUUGUAAAGACAUGCUCCAUUUUCCUCAUGGUAACAGUGUUUUACCACUGCACUGUUAAUCCUUGCUGCUUUUCAUAGUCUUUUGUUUAUUUCUAUUUCUCCACCCAACACAUCUUUACAAACGAGUUGCAACAAUGGCCAUUGAGAUUUCUUAAUGUUCAGUUCAGUUCAGUUCAUUAUAGUUCAGUUGUGUUCUCAGUUGCAAUUGAAAUGUUGGAGAAAUGUGACGCUCUUGGAGCAUUUUAUAUAUAAAAAGAAAAUAAAAUUCAUCUCAGCA